AUGGCAGAGGAAGCGCCAGGCUCCGCACCCGCGUCGCAGCCAGACGGCGCAGGAAAGAGAGAAUUUGAGGAUCGCGCGCCGACCGACGGCUCCGCGCCGGCCGCGGACGGAGCGGAACCGUCUGCCGGCGGCGCGUUCUCCUCGGUUCCGCCUCCGGCGUCCGAGUUCGAUCAGGCGAAGCGCAAGGCGGAAGAGCUUGCGGCCAAGUUCUUAAACACCGGCGCGAAGCGGUCUAAGUUCGAUGAACCGCCUGCUGCCGGGGGAGCGGGGGGCGCGGCGCAAGCAGCGCCGGGAGGAGGCCCCGGAGGAGGAGGUUCCGCGCCCGGUGGUGGCGGCCCGCCGGGAGGAGGGGGACCGCCCGGAAUGGGUCCCCCGAUGGGGGGACCUAUGGGCGGACCUAUGGGGGGACCGAUGGGGGGACAAAUGGGGGGACCUAUGGGGGGACAGACGGGAGGACCGCCGGGGGGAUAUUCGGGAUACGGUGGCGGCCAGGGCCCUCCUGGAAUGGGCGGCGAGCAGCAGCAGCAGCAACAGGGCCAUGGGUAUUAUCAGCAGCACCAGCAGCAGCAUCAGUCUGGCUACUACGAUCAGCAAAGCGGCAGCAGGAAGAUUGACGUUCCCAAUUCCAAGGUGGGGCUGGUGAUUGGAAAGGCGGGCGAGACGAUUAAGUACCUGCAGGCGCAGUCCGGCGCGAAGAUCCAGGUCACGCGCGACGCGGACGCGGAUCCGCGCUCGCCGCUGCGCUCCGUGGAGCUGAUGGGGACUCCGGAGCAGAUCGCGCAGGCGGAGAUUCUCAUCCGCCAGGUGCUCGACGAGCACCAGGCAGCGGGCGGCGGCAGGGCAUUCGCAGGGAGCAGCGAGUCCGUGUCUAUUCAGAUCCCCAACGGGCGGGUGGGGCUCAUCAUUGGGCGGGGGGGCGAGACCAUUAAGAACCUCCAGAAUCGCUCAGGCGCACGCAUUCAGAUUCAGAGCGACAGGGAGGUGCAGCCGGGGAGCAUGGAGCGCACGGUGAUGCUGAUGGGCACCAAGCAGCAGACAGACGCCGCCCAGGAGCUCAUCCGAGAGGUGCUCGACGAGUCGAACCGGCGUGGAGGGCCUGGAUUUGGGGGGGGUUACCGCCAACAGCAGCACUGGCAGGGAGGGGGAGGGGGAGGGGGGCAUCAGGGAUGGCAGCAGGGAGGGGGAUACGGCGGAGGGGGGCAGUAUGGGGGGGGACAGUACGGGGGGCAAGGGGGCGGAGGGUAUGGGGGGUACGGGCAGCAAGGGGGAGGGGAGUAUGGAGGCGGGGGGGAAGGCUGGGGGCAGCAGGGAGGAGCAGGGGGGAUGGGGCAGGGGGGAGGGGGAGGUUACGAUUACUAUGGGCAGGGGCAGGGGGGUGGGCAGGGCGCAGGGGGGGAAGCAGGGGCGGGGAAUGGCAAUGCAGGGGGAGCAGAAGGGGGAGCGGAUGGGGGGUAUGGGUAUGGGGGGCAGGGGGGGCAGGGGGGAGGGUAUUACAACUACCAAGGUGGUGGGGGGUAUGGGCAGCAAGGGGGAGGAGGGGAAGGCGGAGCAGGCGCAGGAGCAGGAGGAGGAGGAGGAGGAGGAGGAGCAGCAGCAGGGGGAGGAGAAGGAUAUGGACAGCAGGAGGGGGGGUAUGGGCAGCAGCAGUAUGCACAGCAGGGGGGAGGCUACUAUGGGGGACAGCAAGGGGGCGGAUAUGACUAUUACAAUCAGCAGGGGGGGCAGCAGCAGGGUGGGAUGGAUCCUUAUUCCCAGCAGCAGGGGCAGGGGGGAGGGGGGCAGCAGCAGGGGGGCUAUGGUGGGGGGUAUGGGCAGCAGGGGCAAGGGGGGUAUGAGGGGGGAGGAGGGUAUGGGCAGGACGGGCAGGAGGGAGGGGGAGGGGCAGGUGCAGGGCAGGGUCAACCGUGCCUUCUCCGCUGCACGCUCCUAGCAGCACUAGUGGCAGUGUGUGCGGCUCGGAUUGUGACUGUGGGCGAGGCGGACGUGGGUGGAUACAGCUACGGAUGGAACCCUGCCGUCAACUACACCAACUGGGCUGCGGAAACGCCGCUUCAACCCGGCGACGUCCUCGUGUUCGAGUACCCGAAGCGCGCCGAGGUGGUUUAUCAAGUGGGUAGCGCCAAGGAUCUCGCCUCGUGUCAUCUCAAGAACGCGAAAGUGCUCUGCGACUCUCUCCGCGGAAGCCGGCCCGGGAAAGACGGCGCGGCUAGCGCUUGCACCGUGACGGUGGAAUCGGAACCUAUGUACAUCACGUCGAUUAAGACACACUGCGACAUGGGACAACAGCUCGUUGUCGAGCCAACCAUCGACAAUGGCGAAGCGGGCAACGGCGAAUCUGGCAACGAUACUGCUGUUGUCGAUCCGCUGGUCGCAGGCGACGCCAUCGACAACGGGACGACGACAGGCGAAGGCGCCGGCGACGAGAUCGCCGCCGCGGACGCCGCGUCACAUCCUACCGCGCACAAUCAGACGGGGCCGGGUGCGCAAGGCGGGAGAAUGGCUGGGACUUUGUCUCACGGGCCGAUUGGAGACGUGUCGACCGAAGACAGUUCAGUUCCGCUGCCUACGGCCGACGGCGAUAACUCCACCGGCAAAAAGUCCUCAGGCAGUCCUGAUGCCGUCCUUCUCUCGGACAGCGGCUCGGGUAACGCGGUGGUGCCGCCCCUCGCGACGAUUCAGGCAUCGGGGCGGUCGAUCGUGGUGGGGAACCCGACGCCGAGUUAUAACUACCCGUUCAACCCGCAGGUUAACUACAAUAACUGGGUCGCAAAGACCAAGAUCUACGACGGCGACGUUAUCCUGUUCAAGUAUCCGAACUACCAUCAGGAGGUGGUCCAGUUCGCGCGCUACGGUGACUACCGCUCGUGCAACUUCCGCGCCGCGAAGGUCGUUUGCUACGACAGCUGGGGCUCCAAGUCGGGUUGUGCGAUUAAGGUUACCCGAACAAUGGCGUACUACGCGUCUGGGCUCUACGGAAACUGCAUGGCUGGGCAGAAGCUCGCCGUGAAGGCGAACGCGAAGCCGUACACACCGCGAACCCUGUCGGUGGGUUACCCUUCGUCGCAGUUCAACUGGAACUGGAAUCCGAACGGGCAAUACGACAAGUGGCUGCAGUACAAUAAGGUCUACAAUGGCGAUACAGUUGUUUUCAAGUAUCCUCCAUACAAGGACGAGGUCUUCAUCGUGCCAUCGCUGACGGAUUACAGGAACUGUGACUACUCGAACUAUAUUUCUUACUGCAACUCUACAGACGGUGCAGGGGCUGGUUGUUACAGCAACCCCAUUACAGCCACCACGUACUUCAUCUCAGGCAUCUUCAGCCAUUGCAUGAAGGACAACCAGAGGAUUGUUAUCACUCCUCAGAACCCACCAUCGUAG